AUGGAACACGUUUUGCAUCGUGCCCGUGUGCUGCUCCCGCGUCGCGGCUGGCGCAUCGGUCUCAUCAAGGAAUUCUACCCGCGCGGAGCCACACUGCUUGGACUCAAUGUGAAUGCCGGCAGCGAGGUAUGCAUUCGCUUCCGUGUUCCCGGCAAGAAAAACGAGUUCCUGCCAUUUCAUGAAGUGCUGUGCACAGCCUUGCACGAGUUCACGCACUGUGUGCACUCGCGGCACGAUCGUGCCUUCUGGAACCUCUACUACGAUUUGGUCAAGGAAUGCGAGGCGCUGGAAAUCACCAUGAUCCAGCAGGGCAUGCGGCUCUACCCGGCAAUCUCCUCCACACCCAUGAGCUGCACCGGCACUGCGUCUCAGCAAAGUCGCUCUGGUCGUGAGGGCAGGACUGCAGCAACGGCCAGUAGCGCUCGAGGUGGAGGCCGUCGCCUCGGUAACGGGGGCGCCAGAGGAGGCGGUAGGGGAGCAGGGGGUGGGAUGAGCACGGGCAGUCGCCAUGUCGCACAAACCGUCAUCAAGGCCGGUCGCGCCGUCUCCAGCAGCAGCUCUUCGCCGCCGAGCAGUGCGGCUUUUCCUGGAGAGGGUCGCCGCCUCGGCGGCGGCGGUUUCCGCCAGUACGACGCCCCGAUCGGUUUCACCCCGACACGGGACGCGCUGCGCCGAAUCCUUGCCGGCGCGGCAGAGAGACGUCUUGCGCGGACGCCGCCGUUAGCAGCAACCGUAACGCUGGGAUCGCAUCCACUAGCUCUCUCACUUCACAACACCACUUUCCCGCAACGAGAUGAGGGGCAAUCUGAGGUGGAUGAUGACGACGCGCCGGACUGCGUCCCGCAUAGCCUUUCGGGUCACGAGGAUGGUGGUGGUUGGAAUUGCCCACGUUGCGGUUUCCGCAACGAUGAUAACGUGGUCGGUAGCUGCGCGUUCUGCGCUGAUUGCGAUGACGAGGACGAAGGGGAGGCGACAUGGAGAAAGCGGCCUCGACUCGACAGCGAUCACUCACCACUGGAAACGCCCACGAUAGUCGUCUCCUUGGCCACAGCGUCGAAGACGGCGCCUACGCAGCAGUUGCAACAGCAGCAGCUCGAGUGCACAGCAGAAGAGCACUAUAUUGUCGUGAGCGACGAAGACGACAGCUAG